AUGCGCCCGGCGGCGCCCGGUCGCCGGCCGGGGGGCGUUCUUUUCAACUUUCCCUUACGGUACUUGUUGACUAUCGGUCUCGUGCCGGUAUUUAGCCUUAGAUGGAGUUUACCACCCGCUUUGGGCUGCAUUCCCAAGCAACCCGACUCCGGGAAGACCCGGGCCCGGCGCGCCGGGGGCCGCUACCGGCCUCACACCGUCCACGGGCUGGGCCUCGAUCAGAAGGACUUGGGCCCCCCACGAGCGGCGCCGGGGAGUGGGUCUUCCCGGGUCGCCACGUCUGAUCUGAGGUCGCGUCUCGGAGGGCGCGCGCGGGCUCGCACGCACGCGCGCGGGGCGCGGGAGCCCGCGAGGAGGGUCCCGAGAAGGGGAGGCGCGGAGGCCCGCGGCCGACCGCCCCGGGCCCCCCCCCUCCCCGCGCACACGCGGCACCCCGACCGACCGACCGACCCCCGGCUACCCGUCGCCCCUCCGGGAGGAGGCGGCGGCGGCGGCGGCCGGCGGCCGGCGGCCGGCGGGCGGAGAGGGAGAGGCCGAGGCGGGGCGGGGAGCACGAGCCGGCUGCCACGGAACGGACGGGGCGCGGGGCGGCGGAGGGGUGGACGCGGGCGGGAGGGUCGGGGCACGCGCGGGCGCCGAAGCCCGAGCGGGCGACGGACGCGCCGCGCGCCCCCUAUCUUCCCCCCGCCCCCACCACCGCCCCCGCCCUCGCGGCGGGAGCUCCGGGGCGCGAACCGCGGCGCGGCCACGGCCCGGGGGGAGAGCGCGCAGCGGCGGGCAGACGCCGCGGCGUCCCGCGGGUCGCCGCCGAGGCACGCGUCCCCGGGGCGCGGACGCGCACGCGGACUCGGCCUCGGGCGCGAGCCGCCCGUCCCGACGGGGCGAGGGCCGCGGGGGGUGUGGCCGGGAAGCGGGCACGGGCCGCGGACGCACGGCGCCGGGGAAGCCGCCGCGGGCGUGGGGGUGGGCGGGGCGCCAGCCGGGCGCCGGGACACGCCGCCGCCUCGGGCAGGACGGCGAACGACGGCGGACCGGAAGACGCGACCCCACCCCCGCCACCACCGCGGGCCCCCGCCGCCACGUGGCGCGAGACCGUCCCCAACCCCCGACACCCCGCGCGCAGCAACACCCAAAGGCCGCUUGCGGCGCGACGAGGCGCUCCCGGGGACGCGGGAGGGGCGCGCGCACGCGCCGCACACGGCCACGGGCCACGCGACGACCGCCGGGCAGCCCCCUCCCGACGGCCGCGGCGGCAGUGACCGUGGCGCGCCACGCCGCGCGCCACCCCGGCCCCUCGGGGGACGGCGGAGUCCGGGGGAGACGGGAGGUACCUGGAAAGGGGAAGGCGGGCGAGGGGCACAGCGCGCCCCCACGGGCCACCGCCCCGACGCCGACCACCGACCGCCGACCACCGCGCCCCCGCCCGAAGCCGCGCGCGGGCCUCGGCGCUGCCGGCCCGUGACACACGGGGGGCCCCCGCCGCGCGCCGGUCGACCGCCGCCCGGAGGGCCCCGCCGGGCGCCGGACAGCCAGCCCCACCGGCCCCCCCCGGAACGGGGCAGAGCCCUUUCCCCACCGCAGCGCCCUCACACGCUCCCCCCCCCCGCCCCCCAGCCCCGAGGCCCGGAGGGCGCGGGGAGGCGCCCGGCGACCGCGGGGCAGGCCCAGAGCGGCGGGACGACCGACGACGACCGGCCGAGGCGGACCGGUCCAGGGCCGGCGGCGCGGGAGGCGACGGGGCAGGGCGAGCGGCCCCACGACGGGGAGAGCCGCCGCCCGUCACGCCGCACAGCCCGCGAGACGCGACCGGAGGACCCGCGCCGCGCGGGGUCCACGGGCCGGGGUGGGGGAGAGGCGGUCGUGGCCGGCGCCACGGGCGAUAGUCAAGUUCGACCGUCUUCUCAGCGCUCCGCCAGGGCCGUGGGCCGACCCCGGCGGGGCCGAUCCGAGGGCCUCACUAAACCAUCCAAUCGGGCGGGGCGGCGGAGGCCGGGCGGCGAGGACGCGGCGACCGGCCCGCGGGGGGGGCGAGACCGGGGACCCCCGUCCCGCGCUCGGGCGAGCGCACCGGGGCGGGGGGCGCCCCCUCGUCCGGCACGCGACGGCGGCGGCGGCGGCGGCGACGACACGGGCGACGGAUCGGGGCCGCGGCGGGCCCGGGAAGCGAGGCACACCGGGGCACGGCCCCGGGGAGCAGCAGACGGCGAGGGGACCGAGGCGGGCGGACGGACGGAGAGGGGCACCGACGGGAUGCGGCCACGCGGGGCCGACACCACGCGACCGGCGGCGGAGGUGGGGUGGCCGCGCGCCACCGCGAGGGGAACGGCCCAAAGCGACCCGGGGGAGGGGACGCGAGUCGGCCGCCGGGGCCCACCGCGGGAUCUCACCGCCACAGGCCCUCCCGGCACAGGGGCGGUCCCGCGGCACCACCCGGGGACGACCGCCUGGCGCCCCCACCCUCGCGGGGCUCACGCCCACCGCCACCCACGGAGCCGCAGCCGGCCCGGGGAGAACACUCUCCCGCCGCACACCGGCGCCCCCCCUCCCCCCACGGCCCUGACGCGCGCGGGGCCCCCCGCCCCGCCCCCCUCGCUCAGGGCUCCGAGGGCACUGCUCCGCCCGGGGACGCCACCGGCCCGGCAGAGGCCGGGGGACGACACCCACGUGAGGCGAGGCGAGGCCGGCUCGGGCCCAGACAGGGGACCGGAACGCGGGCGGUCGCACGCGCGGGACGAGGAGAGGCGAGGCCGGCGGCGGCGGCGGGGAGGGGCCGGCAAGCACGCACGGCGGGGGCCGCGGGACAGGGACGCGGGCGCCGUCCGGGGACCAGAGGAAAGAGACCGGGCACGCGGCCGGGCCCCCAGGAACACCAGCGCGGGAUCCCACCGCCACCCGCACGCGAGGGCGGUCCCGCGACGCCCGGGGCGCCGGCCGGCCCCGGCCAUCCCCGGAGCGUGGCCCACGACCCGGCCCCGCCGCCAGGGCCGGCGAGCCGUCCACCCGUCUUCCGCCAUCCAUCCGCGACAGGUCCGUCUUCCGUCUGAGUCCCGAGGCGCGACACCCCGGGCACAACGCUCUCGAGCGAGGCGGCCCGGACCGUGA